AUGUUGGCUGCAGCCAGAGGAGUUUCGUUGGGUUUAGGUAAAAUUAAUCUUGCUGAUUUGCGUUUAUUACCGAAAGAACGGUUGGAGCCGGGCAAAGUUAAACGAUCACCGACAAAAGUCAAAAAGACCAAAACUGUGAUCAAGAAGCACGUCGAUAAAAAGGUUCGUUUUGUUUCCUUUCAAGUUUCAUCAGAUAAUUUGCCCAAAACCACUUCGUAA